GUAACUGCGGGCUACCUGGGUGCCAAGGACGGGCACUCCUGAGCCUAAGCGCCGAGCCCCGGUAUUGGGUGCUCACCCCCCGUACCCUUCUCCUAGGUCCCGUCCUUUCCUCCGGCCUUGGCCGCCCCAAUGCCCGAGCAGGGACCGAGGAUGAACGGGUUCUCUUUGGGGGAGCUGUGCUGGCUCUUUUGCUGCCCGCCCUGCCCAAGCCGCAUCGCAGCUAAACUGGCCUUCUUGCCCCCGGAGCCCACCUAUACCGUGCGGGAGAUGGAGGCCCCGGCAGGCACUGCCCAGCCGCCGAGGGAAGAGGGUAGCGGGGAGCCGGCGGCCUGCAGCUUGCACCUGUCGGAGCGGGCGGACUGGCAGUAUUCGCAGCGGGAGUUGGACGCGGUGGAAGUGUUCCGAUGGCGGACCGAGCGCGGCAGCUGCCUGGGCUGUAUGUUUGUGCGCUGCUCCCCCGGCAGCCGAUACACGGUGCUCUUCUCCCACGGGAACGCGGUGGAUCUGGGCCAGAUGUGCAGUUUCUAUAUCGGCCUGGGCACCAGGAUCAACUGCAACAUCUUCUCCUAUGAUUAUUCCGGCUACGGGGUGAGCAGCGGCAAGCCCAGCGAGAAGAACCUCUAUGCGGACAUCGAGGCGGCCUGGCACGCCCUGAGAACUCGAUAUGGAGUCACCCCUGAGAAUAUCAUCCUUUAUGGUCAGAGCAUUGGUACUGUACCUACGGUGGACCUGGCUUCUCGCUACGAAUGUGCAGCUGUCAUUCUUCACUCACCUCUGAUGUCUGGACUACGGGUUGCUUUUCCUGACACCAGGAAGACCUACUGUUUUGAUGCAUUCCCUAGCAUUGAUAAAAUCUCAAAAGUGACCUCCCCGGUGCUGAUAAUCCAUGGCACAGAAGAUGAAGUAAUCGAUUUCUCGCAUGGAUUGGCUAUGUACGAGCGAUGCCCACGGGCAGUGGAGCCCCUAUGGGUAGAAGGAGCAGGGCACAAUGACAUAGAGCUGUACGCCCAGUAUCUAGAGAGACUUAAGCAGUUUAUAUCGCAUGAGCUUCCCAACUCUUGAGAGCUUCAUUCUCUUACCUCACUUACUGUGAAUAACAGAGGGGGCACGUCCGACCUGACAUGUCCACUGUGGUGCUGGGCGUCCCUUGACACUGCCCAAAAAUACCCUACUGGGUCGGAUUACAAAGAUCAAGCAUCCAGUGGCACCUGUUUUCUUUUUAUUGUUAAUGUACAAUCAGCUGCUGUAACUUAAUCUCGACUUUUUAAAAAGACCAAAAGAUCCUGGAAACCUUUUUUUCUAGAGCACCAUUUAUAUUCUGGAACUUGUUUACACAACAUCCUUUUGAAGAACUCCUGUCUUCUACUGCCAGUCAGUCCCACCACUACAACUCUUAUGGAUCAGCUGGCUUUAUAAAUGCUCUUUUGGAUCUGACCUAUUCCUUCAGCUGAUAAUAUCGAUGUUCAUCGUCAGAUGGUUCCUCUCAUGGAUUAAGGCAUUCUGCUUGUUCGAUAACAUUUAUAGAUGUGGUAUUGUGAUGGAACAUUGUCUUAAAUUCCUAUUUUCCUUUAGACGUACCAUGGAAGAUAUAUUCAUUAUAAAUUAUUCAGCCAUCAACGAAUGACCUAUGGAAAAGCUCCACUGAUGAAUUUGCAGCUUAAAUCCAAUUCAAGGUCUAAAAGCAUAUAUCCCCAGUGCCCCCAUGGCAUUUUAGUAGAAACAAACUGUACUCUCAGAUAUUAAUCUAUGGGAAAAUGUAAUACAAGGUAAUACUAAGAACCCCAAAGCUGGCUUUCCUGUCCAAUUAUUUCAAGAUGCAUUCCAUGCAGAUCUCUGCAAGUUCUUUUUACCACUAGAACCUUGCAGAGUUCUGUUUGUUUUGGUCCUUGCACAAUAUUAGAUAACUUAUUUUUAAUAUGACCGGAAGCAUUUUGUUAUGGAUUUUAUCCCCGUGUUGGUUUUUUGGUUUUUUUUUUUUUUGGUACAAAAUGUUUUUUAUAAUGGUUCUGGGGUAAUAUACUUAAAUGCUUAAAACAACGAUGUGGGGGGUGGGGGGGGUAAUAACAAUUUUCCUUUACAUCUGAUUUUGAUUAAUUUCUUAUUUGUUCCCACUCGACACUGGAAAGGCACAAUCUAAAUACUUGGAAGUAACACUAUUCGUGGGUUUAUAAACCAAGUCCUGCCACGGGAGUUGUAGACGCAGUGCGUUAACCCUGUGUGCUGGGAAGGCAUGCACUCCCCUUAGAGAACAAAGCAACAACUUUCAGAUGUUUUCUUUCAGUGAAAGUGAGGGGGGGUGGUCUCGCCUUAAUAUACUGUGAGUCUCUGGAUUAUUUUGUAAAAUGAACGCAAUAGAUUAUGAUUUGUUUAUUGUUGCUUGAGGACAGUGCUAUGGUUGUUUUGGAAUAAAGAAUGCAUGGAAAGUAA